AUCAAACACUGAUGUUUUAGAUCAUAUUUGCUUUGUGUUUUUUAGUAUUUUACCGCGAUCUGAUGACGUCAUGCCGCUGUUAGUGAAGUCUACGUGCUGAUUGGAUGCUGUAGAAUCCUCUUGUUAGGAAGCUUCUGUUUAUUAUUUUUGAAUAGUUUUUACAGUUUUAUAGAUUGAAGCAUGAUCAGUCAUGGUAAAUACCAUGCAGUUCCAAUAGCUGAUGUGUUUUUUUAUCAAGGUGCAGAAGAGGAAAUGACGAUACACUGCUUUUGUUCCAGAGCUUUUGUCAAUGAUCGAGAGCUGUAUAGAUCGGAUAACAGAUCUCUACAGAAUCAGACCUACGAGGAACCGCAAGUGUAUCAGGAGGAGGAUGAAGAUGAGGAAUCCAGCUGUUCUGAGGAAGCGGAGGACACGGUGCUGGAUGAAGAAACCUUGUUGAUGGUCAGUUUGGGGCUUCCUGUAGCGUUCUCCAGCUCCUCGCUGCAGAGCAGAGCGAGCAAAAAUGGCUACAGAGGGAAGAAGAGCAGCAAGGAACGAUGGGAGAACUCUGAUUAUGAUAAAAGCUCACAACCCGAGCUGGCGAUGGGUGAAGAGGAGGAGGAAGAGGAGGAGAAUGAGAAUGAGGAGUCAAAGGCUGCUGUGGAUGCGACUUGCAUUGAACCAGAGUCUCACACUGAUCAUGCCUGGCUACAGUACUGGAAUCUGCAUGGGGAAAACCUUCUGUGGACAAGCUGGGUGGAGAAACACCACGAGUUCUCAGUUGAGUCUCCUUCAGCUCCGUGGGCGAGUCCUGAAUGGCAGAAACGAUGGGAGGAGCAUGCUAGUCAGAUUUAUGGAUAUUACUGGGAGCAGUUUAGCUACUGGGCCUCACAAGGCUGGAUGACCGACGAGACGAUUAGUGCUGAUGCUGCUCGAGAUGAGGAAGCUCACGCAGAGGAACACCAUGAACAGCUGGAUGUGAUGGAACAGGGGGAAAAUGGACACAAGUCUUCUGCUUCCUGUGAUCAGGUGUCAGAAGAACUGGAGACCUUUCUGGAAGAAAACCCCUCUGGCAUUGCGGAGCUUGUUAGCAGUUUAACCUUGGACACAGAGACACGUGAGAAGGAUGAUCUUAACACUUUACACCUUAGUUAUGUUAAAGAGCCUCAUGACGGAGGAGACCGGAAAAGACCGUCUUCAUCGGGCAGCACCGGGACAGAGAAAAGCGACAAAAAGGCUAUUACUCAGCUUAAUAGACAUUGUCAACCAGCGAAUAGCGGCUCCAAGCAGGACGAUAGUGAUGAGGACGAGCCGCCUGAGAGAAAAGCAAAAAAUAAAAGAGGUCAUGAGCUAGACAUUGAAGAACUCGCCCAGAUGCCUCCUGACCAAGCCUGGGAGAGUCUGGGUCUCAAACGUGACCCUCAGAACAAGUUCAUGAGUGUUUUAAAGUUCCGGAGAAUUCAGGAGGGAACUCAAAGGAAGGUAAAGUGGAGAAAGAAAGCGACCUGCAAAAUCAACAAACACGUGUUCUUCACUGAGGACGGAGAGACGGCAGAACCCAAGAUCAACAAAACUCUCCAAAAAGUGCAGAAUUUCCUCCAGACGGUCCGAACCGAGAAUGACUCGGAGAAGCCGGUGGACAGGACAGGAGACAGACUCGGCGCUCCAGGUCCACUGGAACGUAAGGAGGAAAUGGUGGAGGAGUCUAGAGAGACUGAUCAUCUUGGUGAGCAUGGAGAAUGUGAAGAACGUUUAGUCAGCAAGCAGCAGGUCAUAACAGAGCUGGAAUCAGAAGCGCAAACAGAACCAGAGCAGGAACCAUGUGUUCCUACAGACUGUAAGGAACAGGAACAUGGAAGAGAACUUGUAUCUCUGGACAUCCCGGACUUUCUCAUUUCUGAUGCUCCAGAGGAGAAAAACGGAGCUGAGAGGGAGAAGAUGUCUUCAAAGAAGAAGAAAAAGAAGGCUGCUAGAAGGAGGAAGAGGAGGGAUGUAGGCGUGGACGUGGACAUGCCCCCCGAGAUCGCAGCCGAGCCGGAGUUGGCCAAGUACUGGGCUCAGCGUUAUCGGCUGUUCUCUCGUUUCGAUGAGGGUGUUAAACUGGAUCACGAGGGCUGGUUUUCUGUCACGCCUGAGAAGAUAGCCGAGCACAUUGCUCAGAGGGUGCAGGUUGCGUCACAGACGCUGGUCAUCGUCGAUGCCUUCUGUGGUGUGGGAGGAAAUGCCAUCCAGUUCGCCCUCACUGGAAACACGGUGAUCGCCGUCGAUAUCGACCCGGUCCGACUAGCACUCGCACAGCACAAUGCUGCAGUGUAUGGAGUCAGCGAAAGGAUCGACUUCAUCCAGGCAGAUUUCCUGCAGGUGGCACCACGGCUCCGGGCCGACGUAGUCUUCCUUAGCCCUCCGUGGGGGGGACCAGAGUACCUCAGUGCUGACGUCUUCAACAUCAAGACCAUGAUGAGCCCCGAUGGAUUUGAAAUUUUCAGGUUGGCCAGAAAGAUUUCGGAAAACGUCGUAUAUUUUCUGCCACGCAACACUGACAUGGAGCAGAUCGCAUCUCUUGCUGGCCCUGGUGGGAAAGUGGAAGUGGAGCAGAACUUCCUAAAUAACAAACUGAAAACCAUAACUGCAUAUUUUGGCAGUUUAAUCAAUUCAGAUUCGUAGUUAAUUCCACUGACAGAUUCAGCUUUUAUUAACACCCUGUCUAUAUAUAUAUAUAUAUAUAAAUUCGACUUUAUUUAUUAUUUAGUUUUAUUGUCUGAUCACUGUUUUAAGAUGAAUCAUUUAUCUUACAGGAGAUUUUCCCAUGUCUCUGUACAUCUGUAUGUUUUUCUAUUAAAGGUCAUCAUGUGAAGUUGC